CCUUGUCAACUGUGGCCUCACAUCCAUCUCCUGUGCGUACCUGGCCUCAGUGCUCAGUGCCAGCUCCAGCCUGGCUGAGCUGGACCUGCAGCUGAAUGACCUGGGCAACCGUGGUGUGAAGCAACUUUGUAAGGGGAUCAGGAAUCCAGACUGCAACCUCAGAAUCCUGUGGCUGGACCAGGCCCCUCUUAGUGACCAGGUGAUGAUGAAACUCAGGGCCCUGGAGGCAAAGAAUCCACAGCUGCUCAUUUCCAGCACAUGGAAGCCACGUGUGAUGGAUCCUACUAAGAAGCGGGUUAGAGAAGAAAUGGAUGAUAGCCCAAAAUCACGUAAGCGACAGAGACUACAGUCAGAGGAGGGGUGCUCACAACUUAUACCACUAGAGACCUUCCAUCCAUCUCCACCGGACUCCGCAAGAGGUAAGCACCUGGAACCACUGGGGACUGAAGAUGACUUCUGGGGCCCUACAGGACCUGUGGCUACUGAGGUGGUUGACAGUGAGAGGAACCUGUACCUGUGAGUGAGCUCUGCCUGGCAAAGGCUGACUUUCCCCAGCACACUUUCCACAAGGGAUCCCCACAGAUAACACCCACCUAGUCUCUACUGUGCCACCUACUCACCUCACCAAGACAGGUCACAAGGCCAGG